AAGGAAGGGUAGAGCAUAGAAAGAAAGAAAGAGCUGGGAUGUUGUUGAAUCUUGAUUUGCAGUCCAAGAUGGGGGCGUGGGGCCAAUGCUCCACCACCACCAACACCACGAUUACAACAGUUCCAAACAAUCCUCUUAAAACAUAAGUUGGAAGCCGUCCAAAGAAAAAGACAAUUCCCCAACUCAAACGUGUUGACGUAGCCACCAAUUCAAUCGGGUAUACAAGGAAACCAAACCCAUUUCUAUUCUCCCUUGGCCUGAGAAGAAAAAAAACCAAGAAAGGCUAAGAGAAGAGAGAGAGAGAGAGAGAGAGAGAGACGACUUAAUUUCAGGAGAUCUUGUGUGUUUUUUUGCUGCAUUUGGGUGAUUACAGAAUGGUGGCCGGAGCCAGAUGCAUUGCUUUGAAGGUGGAUACGUUGAGCCACCAACUUGGAUCGUUGAGCAACAAAAAUCGCUGUAAUCUUGGUUCGUUUGUUAGAUCGAGUAGGUUAUCUGCCAGGGCGAAGCUCGAGCAGCAGCAACCCAAUUGUAAUGAUAAGAAAUUGCUGGAGUUUGAGCAUUUGAGAGUUUGCCAAUGGCAAAGCUCCUGCGCCAUAUUGAACAGUCACUUGGUGGGGGGGAACGAAGAAGUAGAGAAGAAAUCUGAGGCCAAUUCAACACCCGGGUCUGAAACUGGCCUGGUGACAACUACUACUUCUUCGAUCUCUCUGCUUCCUCGGCCAUUAUCCAUAGCCGAUUUGGCGCCGGCACCAAUGCAUGGCUCUCAGCUCCGGGUGGCCUAUCAAGGUGUGCCAGGGGCCUACAGUGAGGCCGCAGCCAGCAAGGCCUACCCGGACUGUGAUGCUGUGCCCUGUGAUCAGUUCGAGGCGGCCUUUCAGGCCGUCGAACUGUGGGUAGCAGAUCGUGCAGUGCUGCCUGUAGAGAAUUCUCUGGGAGGCAGCAUACACCGCAAUUAUGAUCUGCUACUCCGCCACAGGCUGCAUAUUGUGGGCGAAGUGCAGCUGCCAGUCCACCACUGCCUCCUUGCACUGGCUGGAACGCGCAAGGAGGACCUGCGGAGGGUCAUCAGCCAUCCGCAGGCACUGGCUCAGUGCGAGCACACCCUGACUAAAUUGGGUCUCAAGGUGGCUCGCGAGGCCUUCGACGACACAGCUUUGGCAGCCCAGGUGGUGGCUGAGCAAUACCUGCGCGACACCGCCGCCAUCGCCAGUGCCCGGGCGGCUGAUAUCUAUGGGCUCACCGUUCUCGCGGACGGCAUUCAGGCACGGAUGACGCGAGCAAUGUGACCCGGUUCGUGAUGCUAGCCCGCGAGCCGGUCAUCCCGCGGGUUGACCGGCCGUUCAAGACGAGCAUAGUGUUCGCCCACGACGAGGGAACCGGUAUCCUCUUCAAGGUGCUCUCCGCCUUCGCCUUCCGUGACAUCAGCCUCACCAAGAUCGAGAGCCGCCCGCAGCGGAACCGACCGCUAAGGGUUGUGGACGAUUCCAACUCUGGAACCGCCAAAUACUUCGAAUAUCUCUUCUACAUUGACUUCGAGGCCUCAAUGGCCGACCCGCGGGCUCAGAACGCGCUCGCAGAGUUGCAGGAGUUCACUAAUUUCUUGAGAGUUCUGGGCAGUUACCCAAUGGACAUGAGUCCCCUCGUUAAAACCCCUUAAAAAAGUCUCCUUAUACCACUUCUAUUACUUACUACACUAGCUAUUAUUUAUUGGUUUCUCUAAACAAAACUCAUGUAGUUGUUUAACAAUAACAGGACAAUCUCAAAUCAAAUUUAUUGCUGGGGAAGGGGGUAUUUGUGUCUGAAAGUUAUUAUAUAGAAGCUUUAAAUGUUGUGGUUUUUAUGAAAAGGAAAGGAAAAAAAAUGUCUUACAGGUGAUCAGGGAUGCAUAACAAGAGCAUUUCCUGGUCUUUUAUACGUGUCUGUAAAAUUCGGCUUUGAAAGGAUAAAAAUCUAGCCUUUCGAAUCAAUGGAUUGUUAAAAACACUUUUUAUAUUC